UGGGGACCGGGCAAUCCGAAAACAGGUUUAGGGCCGUGAGCGCACCGGCGCGUGGCCCGCUGCCGCUCUUCCCCCGCGAAGCGAUAGGGAAAUGUGUUUUAAAAGCUCUGCUGCUUGGGCAGCUGGCGUCUGAAAGGGAGUGUCCCAGUUCGCAGGGGGUCCCCGCCCCCGGUUGGCCCCUUCGCCCUUUGGCGUGGACCGUGCCACUGCGCCUGCUCCCCGGAGACACCCGCCGUUGGCUAACACCGGCUGAGGUGCGCACCGGCGCCUAGCCGCGAGGCCCUGCGGAGCCCCGCUGGCGGCCGUCUCCCUCGGCGUCAGCGCGCCACGCUCGGGGGCGGCGUCCGGUACGCGGAACGCCCCGCAGAAGCCCUCGAGCCGCGCCCUCCGGUCCGAGACGAUGCGGCCACGCUCCGCGAGGUGCCCGCUGGUACCUUGCGUGGUGGGGUGGGCAGGAUGAGCCCGAGAGGAGGUGUCAGGAAGCCUGACGCAGCCUUCCCGAGCCGCAGAUAGCGGUAGCACACCCCAGCAGGCGUCCCGAACUGUGUUCCUCGGAGCUGCCCCCGGCCGUACCGACUGUCUUCGGCUCUUUCCGCCGCCAGUUGUUCGGAGGCGCUGCUCUCCUCCGACUGCUUCCGCUUUCGUCCGGCGGCGUUGUCCCGGCAACGCGGAGGCACGGGGAACCUGGCGAAGUUAGAUUCCCAUAGCUGAGGUUUCAUUCUUGACUAGGUCUAUGCACUAGAUCUGUCAUCAUGGCACUGUAUUUUGAUCACCGAAUCAAAGCUCCAGAUGUAUCCAGGUCUCCCUCUCACAUUACCUGGCACCCUACCCACCCAUUCCUGGCAGUAGCAUCUGCAAGCCCAUCUUCUGGAGGCAACAUAGACAUCUACCUUGAGCAAGGUGAGCCUGUGCCUGACACCCACAUUGAGAGGUCCUCCCGGGUCACUUCACUGUGCUGGCACCCGACAAGGCUUAUCCUGGCUAUUGGCUGGGAGACUGGAGAAGUGAUAAUGUUUAAUAAGCAGGACAAGGAGCAGCACACAGUGCCCCUGCCACAUACGACUGACAUUGUCAUCCUCAGUUGGAGUACCAGUGGGAGCUGCCUGGUAUCUGGAGAUAAGGUUGGGGUCCUGCUCUUGUGGAGACUGGACCAGCGAGGCCGAGUACAGGGGACACCACUCCUGAAACAUGAGUACGGGAAACCACUCACUCAUUGCAUCUUCCGACUCCCCCCUCCUGGAGAGGAUCUGGUUCAGUUGGCAAAGGCAGCAGUAAGUGGGGAUGAGAAAGCGCUGGACAUGUUUAACUGGAGAAAAAGCAGCUUUGGAAGUUUCCUGAAGACGGGGUCUCAAGAGGGGCUGUCUUUCUUUGUCAGUCUGACGGAUGGGACAGUGCACUAUGUGGAUGAAAAAGGCAAGACUGCCCAGGUGGCAUUCACAGACAGCUCCAUCCAGACAUUGUUCUACAUUGAGAAGAGAGAAGCUCUGGUUGUGGUUACACAGAAUCUUCUCCUGUCUCUAUAUGUGGUGACUCCUGAUGGGGAAUUCGAAGAAGUGAUGAAGGUAAAGUUGAGUGGGAAAACAGGGCGCCGGGCAGACAUCACUUUGAUAGAGGGCAGCCUUCUUGUGACAGCUAUCGGGGAACCAGUGCUCAGGUUCUGGGAUUUAGAAAGAGGAGAGAAUUACAUACUGAGUCCACAGGAGAAGUUUGGCUUUGAGAAGGGAGAGAAUAUAAACUGUGUUUGUUUCUGUAAAGCCAAAGGCCUUCUGGCAGCUGGUACCAAUAAAGGGCGAGUAGCUAUGUGGAAAAAAGUACCAAACUUCCCAAGUGGCCGGGGGGUAGAGGGCAAGGACAUGUGGGCCCUUCAAACACCUACUGAGCUUGAUGGAAACAUCACACAAAUAAAGUGGGGCUCCAGGAAGAACCUUCUGGCAGUGAGCAGCGCUGACUCUGUGUCCAUCCUCAGUGAACAAGCUAUGUCAUCGCACUUCCACCAGCAAGUAGCUGCCGUGCAAAUCUCCCCAAGCUUAGUCAAUGUGUCUUUCUUGUCCACGGGGGCCACACACAGCCUGCGGACUGACAUGCACAUCAGUGGUGUAUUCACCACCAAGGAUGCUGUGGCUGUCUGGAAUGGAAAACAGGUGGCGAUCUUUGAACCUUCAGGAUCCACCUUAAGGAAUGCAGGGACAUUCCUGUGUGAAACAUCAGUGUUAGCAAUGCACGAGGAAAGCAUUUAUACAGUGGAGCCAAACCGAGUUCAAGUACGAACCUGGCAGGGAACUGUCAAACAACUUCUGCUGUUCUCUGAGACCGAGGGGAGCCCCUGCUUCUUGGAUGUCUGUGGGACCUUCCUGGUUACAGGGACAGAUUUAGCUCACUUUAAAAGUUUUGAUCUUUCCAGAAGGGAAGCAAAAGUGCAUUGCAGCUGCAAGAACCUGGCCCAACUGGUCCCUGAUGUGGGGAGCAUCACUUCUCUGAGAUGCAAUGCCAAUGGGAACAAGAUCAGCAUCCUCCUUAACAAGGUUGACAACAGUCCUGAUUCCAAAAUCUACAUCUAUGAUGUUGAAAUGGACACAGUGAACGUCUUCAACUUCAAGACUGGACAGAUUGGACAGAUACACACCCUGUCCUUUAGUGAGCCAGUGACUAAGGAGACCCGUGUCUUUAUGCAUGAGAGGCUAGCAAGUUAUGUGCCUGUGAACCAUUUCUGGGAUCAGAGUGAGCCUAGGCUCUUCGUGUGUGAGGCCUUACAGGAGGCACCUGGAGCCCAGCCACAGGCUAUAGACAAGCAUCCCCAUGUGGAGGAAGGCACAUGCCAAAAGGAAGAUGUUUUGAUUCUGUCAUUCUUCGCUUGCGAAGAACAUGGCUUCUUGCUCCAUGAUUGCUUCCCCCGGCCAUCAACCUUUCAGAACCUUCUAGGAAUGGAAGUGCCUCAUUAUUACUUCACCAAAAAGCCUGGAGAAGCAGACAAAGAAGAAAGGGUGGAUUCUGGGCACUACCAUAUCCCUCAGAUGGUAGCCAAGAGACCUCUGCGAGACUUUGUGGGGCUGGAGGACUGUGACAAGCCUACUCGGGAUGCAAUGCUGAACUUCAGCUUCUUUGUCACCAUUGGAGACAUGGAUGAAGCUUUCAAAUCUAUCAAACUCAUCAAAAGCGAGACUGUCUGGGAGAACAUGGCACGCAUGUGUGUGAAGACUCAAAGGCUGGAUGUCGCCAAGGUGUGCCUAGGGAACAUGGGCCAUGCGCGUGGGGCCCGAGCUUUGCGGGAAGCUGAGCGGGAGCCAGAACUGGAAGCCAGAGUGGCCAUGCUGGCCAUACAGCUGGGCAUGCUGGAGGAGGCUGAACAACUCUACAAGAAGUGCAAGCGCUACGACCUCCUGAACAAGUUCUACCAGGCCUCGGAUCAGUGGCAGAAGGCUGUGGAGGUGGCAGAGCUCCACGACCGAGUCCACCUGCGCACCACCUACUACAACUAUGCCAAGCACCUGGAGGCCAGCGCUGACUGUGGGAUGGCCCUUAGUUACUAUGAGAAGUCAGACACCCACCGUUUUGAGGUACCCAGGAUGCUCUCAGAAGACCUGCAGUCACUGGAGCUCUACAUCAACAGGAUGAAGGACAAGACCCUAUGGAGGUGGUGGGCCCAGUACCUCGAGAGCCAGGCAGAGAUGGACACUGCAUUGCGCUACUAUGAGCUGGCACAGGACUACUUCUCCCUGGUCCGCAUCCAUUGCUUCCAGGGCAACAUUCAGAAGGCAGCUGAAAUAGCCAAUGAGACUGGAGACUGGGCUGCCUCCUACCACCUUGCCCGGCAGUACGAGAGCCAGGAUGAGGUGAAACAGGCAGUGCACUUCUACACGCGGGCACAGGCUUUCAACAAUGCCAUCCGUCUGUGCAAGGAGAACGGCUUAGAUGACCAACUCAUGAACUUGGCCCUGCUGAGCUCCCCAGAGGACAUGAUCGAGGCAGCCCGUUAUUAUGAGGAGAAGGGCGAGCAGAUGGACAGGGCUGUCAUGCUAUAUCACAAGGCAGGACACUUUUCCAAGGCCCUGGAGUUGGCCUUCACCACCCAGCAGUUUGCAGCCCUACAACUCAUAGCAGAGGACCUGGAUGAGAAAUCAGAUCCUGCUCUCUUGGCCCGCUGCUCAGACUUCUGCAUUGAACACAGGCAGUUUGAGAAGGCUGUGGAGCUUCUGCUGGCUGCCAAGAAGUAUCAUGAGGCUCUGCAGCUAUGCCUAGAACAGAACAUGACCAUCACCGAGGAGAUGGCAGAGAAGAUGACUGUGUCCAAGGACUCAAAGGACCUGUCUGAGGAGUCUCGGCGUGAGCUGCUAGAGCAGAUUGCCAACUGCUGCAUGCGCCAGGGCAACUAUCACCUGGCCACUAAGAAGUACACGCAGGCUGGGAACAAGCUGAAGGCCAUGAGAGCACUGCUCAAAUCUGGAGACACAGAAAAAAUUGUGUUCUUUGCGGGGGUCUCAAGACAGAAGGAAAUCUACAUCAUGGCUGCCAAUUACCUACAGUCCUUGGACUGGAGGAAGGAACCAGAGAUCAUGAAGAAUAUCAUCAGCUUCUACACAAAAGGGCGGGCCUUAGACCUCCUGGCUGGCUUCUAUGAUGCCUGUGCCCAGGUGGAAAUUGAUGAAUACCAGAACUAUGACAAGGCCCACGGGGCACUCACUGAGGCCUAUAAGUGCCUGUCCAAAGCCAAGGCCAAGAGCCCCCUGGACCAGGAGACCAAGCUAGCCCAGCUACAGAGCAAGAUGACACUAGUGAAGAGGUUCAUCCAAGCCCGAAGGACAUACACAGAGGACCCCAAAGAGUCCAUCAGGCAGUGUGAGCUGCUACUAGAAGAGCCAGACCUGGACAGCACCAUCCGUGUCGGAGACGUCUAUGGCUUCCUGGUGGAACACCACGUACAGAUGGAGGAAUACCAAAUGGCCUAUAAGUAUCUUGAGGAGAUGAGGAAAAGACUUCCUUCAGCCAACAUGUCAUACUACGUGGACCAGCGCACUGUGGACACCGUGCACCAGGGCCUGGGACUCCCACCAUCUCGCAUCAUGCCCGAACGGAUCCGCCACAAUAGCAUGGAGGACCACAAGGAGGUGUAUGAAGAGGUGAUAGAAGAGGUAGAAAAUGACUCCUGAUAGGUCCCAGGGUCUUGAAAUUGACCUGGAUCCUGCUACUGGAAAGUGUCUUCUAGAGUUUUCUAGUUAGUCAUCGGAAAGGCAGCUCUUUUUGGUUUUUGUUUGUUGCUGUUGUUUUUAAUUAUUGCAUUGUCAUGUGUAAUCACAGUGACAUGAGCGGAUCAUGAAGUCCAGCCACUGCAGCCCAGGAGUGUGCAGGUCUGGGUUUGCCUCAGUUCUGGUCUUUUUUUAAGGCAUUCCUUCAGCACUCUUGCUUCUGGGCACUUGCUGGCUCCUGUGGGUUUUUGGUUUACUUCUUUUAAAGGGAUGUAGUUUCAUUUUCCCCAUGAUUUUCCCAACACCAGACUCAGAAAUUUCUAGAACUCUGAAAUGACUUGGCUACUUGAUAGCUCCCAGCAGAGCCCAGUGCUCCUAAAAGCACAGCAGGGACCACCUGGGACAGGCCUGAGCCCUAAGGACAGUGCCCUUUGUAGAAGCAAGUAGGGACUGGAAUACUGGGCACCAUCCAUGGCUGCUCACAUUCCUUGGGACUACAAAUAAACUUCAUUUUCUCAGAGUC